AUGAUUAAACGAAGACAUCGAUUCUUAGAUCUUUCUUUCUUUUCUUUUCUUUUCUUUUCUUUCUUUCUUUCUUCCCUUUAUUCAUUCUUUCUUUCUUUCAUUCCUUCUUUCUUUUUUCGUUUCUUUAUUUCUCUUCUUUUCUUUUCUUUUCGUUUCGUUUCUUUAUUUAUUUAUUUUCGUUUCUUUCUUUUCCUUUUCUUUUUUCUCUUUUUUUUUUUCUUUCAUUCAUUUUUUUCUUUCUUUCUUUUCGUUAUUUUUUUCUUACUUUCUUUUUGUUUCUUUCUUUCAAAUCAUUUCCCAUUUUCUUUUAGUGUGAUCAUAUCUAUCUAUCUAUCUAUCUAUCUAUCUAUUAUUAUAAAUGUAUUUUUUCAUCUUUCUUUUUUCUUUCUUUCUUUCUUUCAAAUAAUUUCCCAUUUUAGUGUGAUCAUAUCUAUCUAUCUGAAACAGUCUAUAUCUAUCUAUCUAUCUAUCUAUCUAUCUAUCUAUCUAUCUAUUCAUCUAUCUAUCUCAUCUCUUCAUCUAUCUAUCUAUCUAUCUAUCUAUCUAUCUAUCUAUCUAUCUAUAUUCAUCUCUUCAUCUCAUCUAUCUAUCUAUAUAUCUAUCUAUCUAUCUAUCUAUCUAUCUAUCUAUCUAUGUUAUUAUUACUAUAAACGUAUUUUAGCGUGGUUUUUGCAUAUCUAUCUAUCUAUCUAUCUAUCUAUCUAUCUAUCUAUCUAUCUAUCUAUCUAUCUAUCUAUCUAUCUAUCUAUCUAUCUCUUUCUAUUUAUAUUUAGCUAUGUAAUUGCAUUAAUAUCUAUCUAUCUAUCUAUCUAUCUAACCCUAACUCAGCUUGUUCAUAUCUAUCUAUCUAUCUAUGUAUCUAUCUAUCUAUCUAUCUAUCUAUCUAUCUAUCUAUCUAUCUAUCUAUCUAUCUUAUUCUGUGGUUUAAUAUCUAUCUAUAUUACCAUUAAUAUCUAUCUAUCUAUCUAUUCAUCUAUCUAUCUAUCUAUCUAUCUCAGCUUGUUAUAUUAUCUAUCUAUCUAUCUAUCUAUCUAUCUAUAUAUCUAUAUAUCUAUCUAUCUCAGCUUGUUCAAUAUAUGA